AUGACUGUCGCCCCUCCCACAGAACUCACCCAAGACCGCAUCUCGGACAACAUGCCCACCGCCACAUUAUCCAGCACUGUGCCAGACGCCUCACCAUUCCUGCUGGAGGUCGACCAUGUCGCCCUACUCACGCACUCCGACGGCUUCACCAUUCUGCGCCGUCAUCUCGCACAGCACUACAACUAUGAGUGAGUCACAUGUCAGCCCUACUGACAUGACCACUGCUGACCAGCCAGGCUUUGCGACCUUCACACGCCCGCUCACCUCGAGGACGGCGAUCGAUGGCUGAUCGUCCGCGAUGUCCUGCACGCUCUUCUGGUGCCCAUCGUAGAGCUCUUCGACAAGGCUUGCGGCGUGGCUGCUGCUGCCACCCAUGCGACCCGGCUGGAGGAUCUCGAGUACGCCUUCACUGGCCAAGCACGGAGCGCGUUUGUCUGGAUUCAAUGCUUCCUCUCCUCAGAGAAGGAGAGAGACUGGUGCUACACACGAGGCUGCCCUGCCUGCGUGGUUGACCAUUCCCUCAACUCGGAAUUCUCCAUCAGAUUACUGUACGCAGCGUGCUUGCUGAGCGACUGCCAUUAUCCUUUUACCAUCGAGGGGCCAACCUUACCGAGCUUCGCAUUCUUCCUCGACUCUCUGGAGCGAGCAAUCGAGGAUGAUGAUCUGUAUGGCCACGGCUUCUUUGAGAUGAUGCAGCCCAAGGCCAUUGCCACGAGAGAUGGCGUUGAGGAGCUGAUCCACCAAUGCCUCGAACUCGAUACUCUGCUUUCGCAGCCAUCGUCACCGCAUCCAUCAAGUCCGGAAUCAUCUCUUGACGCCAGUCCUGUUGUCGGGCCCCUGGGAGGUACGCCCGGCAUGAGGAUCAAGCGGAGUAAGAUGGCCAAGCGCCAGAUGAAGCUGAAGAAGGAAGAGGAGCAGUGGAUGGAAGACAUGCUGAGGACGGCCAUUGACCAACUCACCAUCGAGCCGAAUCUGGUCGCACUUUCUCCGCAAAGCCUGGAUGCGGUGCUCAGCGGGAACGUACCUGCGAUUUCCGUGAGCGAGAUUGCUCCGGAGUGA